AUUAAACUGUUGAUAUUAGAGCCCCGCCCUGGAAUGUGCGAGGCUGUAAAGAGCACCUCUGAGUAGCUACAAAGUGUCCAUGUCCAACCACAGUCUGCUGUCGCAUGUCGAGCCGCCCGAACUGACAAAGAAGCUGUUCGUGUCAGCCCUUGUUGCCUGUAUCCUAAAAUAUAGGACUGGGUGCUCUCAGCCUUAAAGUCUCGUAUCCUUUGAUUCCCCGCAGCUAUGCUUUCUGCCACUUCUAGUGUCUUGGCUGCCGAUGGAUUAGGAACGCCCCGCCGGCGAUGGAGUUGGGCUCCCGGAGGCCUCUGGGAGCGGGAGGCUACCAUAGUCCAGCAGGGUCGAGGUGUUGAUUAUACCCUGGGGAAAGGCAAGCUCGAGUUCUACAUCCUCUGGUCUCUGCACCAGCCGCCCCGGCAACUCAGUAGCAAAUGCAGUCGGAAAUGUUACCAGGCUCACUUGCCACUUCCAUUGCCAAAACAGCUAGUGGUCUUUGGUUUGGGUGACUGGAGCCGCUAUUCUCAGAAGACAAGCAUUGCUGUGGAGAUACUAGUGAAUCCAGAUGUUAAGCCGCAAAGGAUUGGCCAGCUGGGGCCUGAGGCAAGGUGUUUGGUGUGGGAAAGCAACUGGCAGGUAGAUGUUCUGAUGGCUUCGUUAAAGCAGGAAGAGAACGGUAACCCUGUUAAGCUUCUUCUGACUGUUGAGGAACAGCUGCUCAACAGCACCCCUACCCACCCAUUUCAGGCGACGGAACCGAAUCAGUCACCCGUCCUUCCAGAAGAUACUGCUCAGCGAGUGGUUGAGCCAUUGGAGGCUAAAAAUCAGAGUUCAGUGAUGCUGGUUAAAGACCUUGUACCUGAAAAGGAGUUCUCUCCACCAUUGGAAACGCUGCUGAUGUUUCCUGCUCCAGAAACAACUGCUACAGUGACAGAAUGUGAGGAGACCAGGAAGAAAACAUGUACACCUAACCCAAUUCACCUAAAGAAGACCAGGCGGGUUCUCUUUGAACUUCUGGCAUCCAAUGGACAGCAGGAAUCUGAAGACUUGGAGGUUAAACAGCUGCAAGUAUGUCCAAGCCCUCGAUGGUGUCAUGCCAUGUGCCUGAGUGAUCCUGAAACUGCUGUUCUGAUUGGCGGUGAAGGAAUUAAUCAACAAUUUUGUAAGGAUGCCCUAUGGAAACUGGAAAUUGACAAUGACUUCUGGUUCCCCAUGGACGUCCCAGCACAAGUUUCCAUGCUACAGUGUUCACGGGGUCACAGUGCCACCUAUGACCCAGAGACCAAGCACAUCUACGUCUUUGGGGGUAUGAGGGAGGGGAAGCCCUAUAGCAGCAUCCAUGUCCUGGACACGGCAUCUUGGAAGUGGCUUCAUGUGUCUGCUAAGGGUAAAGUGCCAACACUGGCCUACCACAGUGCAACCAUAUACCGCAAGGAGCUAUUUGUCUUUGGAGGGGCUUUCCCUAAAAUGUCAUCCCUGGAGACUGGAGCCUGCAGCAACACACUCUUCAUUUUCAAUCCAGAGUAUGAGAUUUGGUAUCAACCCAUCAUUGAGGGAGAGAAACCUUUGCCUAGGCUUGGCCAUUCAGCUACUCUACUGAGGGACAAGUUGAUCAUAUUUGGGGGCCAGAGGACUUCUUUCUACCUGAAUGACACACACAUCCUAGAUCUAGAUAAUGUUCAGUCUUUAAGAUGCCACAAAGCUGUUUUUCAGAUGCCAGGAACUUCUUGCAAGUCUUCCAUUUUUCCUCAUGCACCUCCAGGUUUCAUGGAGUAUACAUCAGUUCCUUUUCUCUCUGGACAACCUUCAGCUCGCAGUUUCCAUGCUGCCAUUCCUGUGUCAGAUCAGAAAGUGCUGAUAAGUGGAGGUUGCAGUGCGAAAGGAGCCUUUCAGGAUGCAUUCACCUUCCAUCUUGAUACCUUGACUUGGAAUGCAAUCAAGCAUAGCGACCUUUGCUCACUGCCUCGGGCAGGCCACACACUGCUCAACUUAACUUAUGCUCACCUGACGGACAUGGAUAAGGAGAGCCAGGUCAAGCGCAACCUAUGCACGGUUCUGGUCUUUGGGGGCUCAGACUGUGAUGGCAAGUUCUACAAUAUUACAAACAAGCUCCAGCUGGACCUCGAGGAGGUGACGAGGGCUCCCCUGGGUCCAGCCUGAGGCAUUGGGAGUUCUGUGUGAAGAUGAAGAGGGGCAAGAGCAGAAAGACUUAUGGAUGUUUAAAGAGUAUGUGAAGGAGCGCAUGCCUGUCAAUGAGAAUAGAGGUUAUCAAGAUGGCAUUAUCCCUCUGAAGGCUUUGCUGGUUUCAUCCCAUGUUGGAGAGACAAAAUGGGUUUUCAUGAGAUGACAGGUUUUAUACUCAGUAUUUGCACUUUGGUGCCUGGUUGCUUCAGUGUACUCCCUCCCCCUGCAUGUCCUCACUGUUGCUGCCCUUGAACUCUUGGUUGCUCUUAUCUAUGACAUGCCCCAAUCAUGGGUCUAGGAAGCCAUAUGGCUGAGAUCAUGUUACACUAUAAAACACGAGAUUUAAUCUUGGAUGCAGUAACUCCACAGAUUAAUCCUAUAUUUGGAUCUGUAUGCUCAGUUUUUAGCUUAUAUUGUUAGUGGAGGGGAAGUAUCCUGAAUAUGAAUUGACAAAUACUGCAGAAUAUUUAUAAAAUCAAGGACCUCUAGGUUGGACUUCAGAUACUUGACACAGCUGUCAUAUAAUUUGCUUGGGUCUGUUUUCCCCCUUAUAUGUUUCUAUGCCUUUCCUUUUUGUUCCUGUUUCUCCCCAAUAUAUUGUGUUCCUAUUUCUGAUUUUCCUUCCCAUCAGUUUGACCAAGCCAUCCCCACCCCCCAAAAAACCCCAGUACCUAAAUUGUGUAAUAAAGCAUGCACAUGAGUUUUGAUUAUCAAAAUCUGAUU